AUGUUUGGACCUUGCCUCCUUCCCUUCUCCCUGCUGUUGGCAUCCCGCCUGGUGAGUGCCAGUGUGUCAAACAGCUUUAGAGAUUGCAGCCACUUUUUCUAUAUGCAGACGCCGCCUGUAGGGAUCAGAGGAGCCAGCCUGAGGAGGAUCUGCCAGAGGUAUGCAGACAAACUGCGCUACACCACAUUGUAUGACAGCAGCUGCCGCCUCCCCCUCUACUCAGCCUACAUCUUUAAGAAAUCUGAUGGGACGAGAAGGAUGGACACACCCUGGAUGUAUGAGCCUCAGUUGGUUUCAGAUGAUGAAAGUGGUAACAUGAGAGCGCUUCCUCUUACUGAAGACACUCCCCCUCUCAUUGAAGACAGCCAGGCAGUGCUGGAGGACUACACAGAUGCUAUAGAAUACAGACGCUGCCCACUCAAUCCAGACCUGCACCAAGCUGAGCCAGAUGACAAAUCCUCCACCUAUACCUUAACCAACGUGGUCCCAGUGAUCACAGACCUCAUGGAUACUUCCUGGAAACCAUAUCUGGACAUUAUUCGCCGUCGCCUCAACAACUUCUGCCAUGGGAAAGCUUUUAUGGUGACAGGGGUAACUGUUUCAAGGGUCACCAUCAGGCGAGGUAACAAGGACCGCCUGGCAAUCCCAAAACACUUAUGGCUGGCAUACUGCUGCCCUCGGUUUGAUCAUAACUCCCCGUAUGAGGUGAGGUUCAUGUUCCCCACAUACGGUGGCUAUGCACUGAAUGAAAAGACAGGCCACAGUGUUGUCGAAGUCCCACUGAAGACACUUGAGACUUUCCUAAAGAGUCAGACAGACACAGACAAUGACCUGACCAUUUUCUACAAGGGCUGUGUGUCAGAGUCUAACUUGAAGAAGAGGAGAGAACUGACCAGUGUUUCAAUAUGA